GCUGAUCGGUGUAACAAAAACAAAAAGGAGUGAUUCUUAAUUAUUGUGUUUCUUUUCCUAAAAUUGUCCUCUAAAGAAAAGUGUCCGAGGUAUUUUAAGUUCACAGAACGACUCUCACUGUUACUAUAUUUAAACAAAUGAACGCAGCGUGUGCAGAACAACAGGAGUCGUUUCUUCAUUUCAACUCGGGGAUUUACAGUCAGUCAUCUGCUCAUGCAUGUUAAUAAAGUAAAGAGGAAGGAAGCCAUGACAGUUUUUUUUUGUUCCAACCACAAGAGACACAAACUGUCUUCAAAGACCACUUCCUCCAUUUUAAUGUAGACAUGAUUAAGAUGACUUACUGAGUAGUUCUCACGUCUGUGAUUUACCUGCUGGUUUAACAGAGACGAGAGGAGCAGAUAUGAGUUUAACAGCGGCGGCAGCGAGUGGAUUCGUGGUCUUCCUUCUCUCUGUGCAAGUGAUACAGGGUAAGGAUGAUGUCUGGGGAGUGACUUACAAUCGUCCUACUGUGAUCUGUGCCUCAGAAGGAUCAACAGUGGAAAUACACUGCAGCUACACAUACCCAUCCAAACGUUAUACUACAGUUCAGAAAACAUUCUGGUUUACCAAAUGGAUAUCUAUUGAACCUGUGGAUUUGAAGACAGACUCAGAGUAUUCAGGACGUGUGUUUGACAAUUGUAAUAAUAAGUUCUGCACUCUGACAAUCACAAACCUGAGAGAGAGCGACUCGGCUGUGUACAAGUUCAGGUUCAUAACUAAUCAAGAUGGGAAAUAUACCGGUGAACCUGGAGUCAAACUGUUUGUCACAGGUCCAGGUCUCACGGUGAAGAGAUUGUCUUCUUCUAAAUGGCUGAAGUGUCUAAACAGUUGUCCUCUACCUGAUCGUCCGUCAUACAUCUGGUACAAGAAUGGACAGGAAAUUCAAGCAGGAACAUCUUCUUAUUAUUUAGGCUCUAAAAAUGAAGACAGCUACUCCUGUGCUGUAAAAGGAUAUGAAGACUUCCCCUCUCCUCCAGAGUGUCACUAUGGUCCAUCCUCCUGCAACAGAGUGACUUAUACUGAGAGAAGCAUCUGUGCCUCCAAAGGCUCUUCAGUGAACAUUUCUUGCACGUACAACGGCUAUGGAUAUAUCACAUCUAAAUUCUGGUUCAGUCCUGAACGUGGUCAUGAGUGGCGGAAUCACUCACAUCCUGAGGACCUGAGUGAAGACUCUCAGUAUACAGGUCGUGUUCAGGUCAUUGAAACAGAGAGAGGACGCUCCACUCUGAGGAUCACUAACCUGAGAGAGAUGGAUUCAGCUCAGUAUCGCUUCAAAUUCAAGACACAAACCUCUGAAUGGGGGAGCAGUUUUCCUUGUACAACGUUGACUGUCACAGCUCUCCAGGUGCAGGUGACCAGACUAAGAGUCGGUGAUUCUAAGACUGAGGUAGACCUGAAGUGUCAGAGCAGCUGCAGUCCGGCUGGUCGUCUUUCCUACGUCUGGUUCAAAAACGGAACGAGAAUCACUUGGGAGGAGACAUCUUCCUAUAAAGGCUGGCUUUCUCUUGGAGACGUCAUCUCUUGUGCUUUGAACGGAUAUGAAGAGUUCCCCUCUCCUUCAGUGUAUGCUCCAAAGCGUCCCUCAGUGUCAGUGAGUCCCUCUGGUGAGAUAGUGGAGGGCAGUUCAGUGACUCUGACCUGUAGAAGUGAUGCUAACCCAGCAGCUAGAUACACCUGGUACAAGAAUGGAAAACUAUACCUUCAUCCUCUCCUUAAAGAACAACAGCAGCUUGUCUUCAGCCCCAUCCAGUCCUCUGAUUGUGGACGGUAUCACUGUACAGCUGGGAACAAGCUGGGAGAGAGGACGUCUGAAUACGUCUCUAUUGAUGUGAAAUAUGCUCCAAAGCUUCCCUCAGUGUCAGUGAGUCCCUCUGGUGAGAUAGUGGAGGGCAGUUCAGUGACUCUGACCUGUAGCAGUGAUGCUAACCCAGCAGCUAACUACACCUGGUACAAGGAGAACCAAACACUGCUUCAGGGACCAGAAGGCAUCUAUCGUUUCACCUCCAUCAGCUCUGAGGACAGAGGGAUCUAUUACUGCAAGUCUGAGAAUAAGUACGACCGGAUCAACUCCACGUCUGUACACAUAGAUGUCCAGUAUCCUCCAAAGCUUCCCUCAGUGUCAGUGAGUUCCUCUGGUGAGAUAGUGGAGGGCAGUUCAGUGACUCUGACCUGUAGCAGUGAUGCUAACCCAGCAGCUGACUACACCUGGUACAAGAAUGGAAACCUCAAACCUCUCCGUGAAGAACCACAGCUCCUCUUCAGCCCCAUCCAGUCCUCUGACUCUGGAGAUUAUUACUGUACAGCGGAGAAUGAGCUGGGAGAGAGGACGUCUGAAUACAUCUCUAUUAAUGUGAAAUAUCCUCCAAAGCUUCCCUCAGUGUCAGUGAGUCCCUCUGGUGAGAUAGUGGAGGGCAGUUCAGUGACUCUGACCUGUAGCAGUGAUGCUAACCCAGCAGCUGACUACACCUGGUACAAGAAUGGAAACUUCAAACCUCUCCGUGAAGAACCACAGCUUGUCUUCAGCUCCAUCCAGUCCUCUGACUCUGGAGAUUAUCACUGCACAGCUGAGAAUGAACUUGGGAGGACAUCUGGAUACAUGUCUGUUGACGUGAAGUAUGCUCCAAAGCUUCCCUCAGUGUCAGUGAGUCCCUCUGGUGAGAUAGUGGAGGGCAGUUCAGUGACUCUGACCUGUAGCAGUGAUGCUAACCCAGCAGCUGACUACACCUGGUACAAGAAUGGAAACCUCAAACCUCUCCGUGAAGAACCACAGCUCCUCUUCAGCCCCAUCCAGUCCUCUGACUCUGGAGAUUAUUACUGUACAGCGGAGAAUGAGCUGGGAGAGAGGACGUCUGAAUACAUCUCUAUUAAUGUGAAAUAUCCUCCAAAGCUUCCCUCAGUGUCAGUGAGUUCCUCUGGUGAGAUAGUGGAGGGCAGUUCAGUGACUCUGACCUGUAGCAGUGAUGCUAACCCAGCAGCUGACUACACCUGGUACAAGAAUGGAAACCUCAAACCUCUCCGUGAAGAACCACAGCUCAUCUUCAGCUCCAUCCAGUCCUCUGACUCUGGAGAUUAUUACUGUACAGCGGAGAAUGAGCUGGGAGAGAGGACGUCUGAAUACAUCUCUAUUAAUGUGAAAUAUGCUCCAAAGCGUCCCUCAGUGUCAGUGAGUCCCUCUGGUGAGAUAGUGGAGGGCAGUUCAGUGACUCUGACCUGUAGCAGUGAUGCUAACCCAGCAGCUGACUACACCUGGUACAAGAAUGGAAACCUCAAACCUCUCCGUGAAGAACCACAGCUCCUCUUCAGCUCCAUCCAGUCCUUUGACUCUGAAGAGUAUUACUGUUUAGCUGAGAACGACCUCAGGACGAUGAGAUCCAAAUCCAUCUUCAUUAAUGUGAAAUAUGCUCCAAAGCUUCCCUCAGUGUCAGUGAGUCCCUCUGGUGAGAUAGUGGAGGGUAGUUCAGUGACUCUGACCUGUAGCAGUGAUGCUAACCCAGCAGCUAACUACACCUGGUACAAGGAGAACCAAACACUGCUUCAGGGACCAGAAGGCAUCUAUCAUUUCACCUCCAUCAGCUCUGAGGACAGAGGGAUCUACUACUGCAAGUCUGACAAUCAACAUGGAGAGAUCAACUCCACGUCUCUAUCAGUAGAUGUCCAGUAUGCUCCAAAGCUUCCCUCAGUGUCAGUGAGUCCCUCUGGUGAGAUAGUGGAGGGCAGUUCAGUGACUCUGACCUGUAGCAGUGAUGCUAACCCAGCAGCUAGAUACACCUGGUACAAGGAGAAUGAAGACUCACCAGAAGCAUCAGGACAGAUCUUCACCAUCACUGACCUCAGAGCUGAACACAGUGGGAAUUAUUACUGUGAAGCCCAGAACAACAGAGGACGUCAUAACUCCACCUUACAUCUGAGCGUUGCAGCAGGAGCAUGGAAGUUAAUAGCUGCUGCUGCCACAGGCCCUGCUGCUUUUCUCACCAUCAUAUUUGUCUCUGUCAUCCUGUGGAUCAUAAAGAAGAGGUCCUGCAAGCAGCCGUCUGAGCCCCGAGAGAGACCAGACAACAGGGAACAGAUGCCACCAACAGAGCAGCAGGAUGAACUCCACUAUGCCAGUGUCCACUUUUCCAGAAGAGAGACAGAUCCUCUCUACUCCAACAUCAGACCAGCUCAGCCCAGAAGAUACAAAGAGGAGAGGAAGGAAGAAGAAGAAGAAGAGAUGGUCGUGUACGCUGCUGUUGGAUUUAACAGUGCCAGUCCGUCCUCGAGAGGCCAGGAAGCUUCGGAGGAUCCGGCUGCGUUGUACAGUACCGUCAACAAAAAGAGGAAUCUCUAGACUCCUUUCCAUCCAUGGUAUCUUCAUUUUUUAAAUCUUUAUGAGAGGAAACCACAUUGAGUUUUAAAACGUAUUCCUCAGGACAGGCUUGUCCAAGAAUACAGCUGGAUAUAUUUUCCUCUGUCCAUAAUCUUCACUCAAAUUUACCCAAAAAUAUGAUAAAUAAAUUAAAUAAACAAUAACAAACCAAGAACAAAAAAUACUAAU